AGAUCAGUCGACUCUCGUCUUAAUAAGGUAUUGCUUAUGAACACCAAUGUCAACAGCAAAGACAACGAAGGACUUUUGUAUAUUUCAAGUGUAUGUGUCAGUUGAGUAGCAAGCGCCAUGCACAGCGUAGUGUCACCAGCCGGCAGUGCCACAAUUAAGUACAAAUCGAGGCACGGAGGCAAGAGGAAAAUCAGCAGCGAGAGAGCAGCAUCUUUACCCACGCUCCCUCCCUUGCCUAACUGUGGGCAAGGGGUAGGGGGCGUGGCUCGUUAUACACUCCAACAGCUGAUUGUCACCACGGAGGUGCUUGUGCCCAGUCCGUCCAGGUUUCUGAGCAACCGAGAGCGUGGGCGUCGCUUUAUGUCUGCUCGAGCCUCCCGCUCCACCGAGAGGCCGCCCACAGCGCAAGGAGAAGACCUGUCCAAUGCUUCGGUGGAGGAGAUCCAAGGCAGUCGGACCGGAAGUGGGUCGUCCUUCGGGGGUUCCGCUGAGCACUUCCGGCAGCGAAUGAGGCCCCUGACGCAGCCGAGGAAGUACGGGGCCAUUCCCGCGCCCCCAGGUGACGGCACAAACCCGUGGGAUUACAGUGAGCUCCUGUACCGGCGCCGAGCGAGGAUAACGGAGGCCCGGAGCUUCCAUAGGCGCCGACGUGCUGACUUCGCCCGCCUGGUGAUGACUUCGUGCCAACGCCUUCGCGACACCCACCGCCCCCGCCCACCGGAUCUCAGUCACGUCCUCACCCACCGUCUGCCGAGCGCCCUCAAAACCAAGUACGCCCGUAUCCUGCAGGAUCUCUUCAAGGAGCUGAGGGAGAGGGAAGUUCGGCCCGUGCACAUGAGGCCCCUGAAGCAGUGGGACAGAUACGAGGCGCAAGUGGUAGAGCGUGUGCCUUGGGUGGGCAAGGAAAGGCGUGCGCUCAGUCGCGCCAUGGCCAGCUUCCCGCCGGCGGUGAGGACGGUCAUGGCGGAAGUGCUGCGGCCGCUCGACACUCUCUCCCUCGCUGAUAUAUCUGAUGGGGGCAUGGGUAGCGGCGAGGGCGUGGAACUGACGGUGUUGAUCACGCGGUGGCGAGCGGCGGCGAGGUCGGGGCGAGCGAGGCUGCGAAGCUCCUGGUUCACUGAGUCGCUCUCGGCCAUUAGGGAGGCCGCCCUCGCCACCAACCUCUCUCCGUCGCGGCGCCUGACGGUCAUGCACGCCUUCAACAACCUCCUGGCGUCGAAGCUGCAAGAAGUGCUGAUCCGAAGUGUCGAGGACGUGCUGAGGUGGCUGGGGAGCGAGGAGGAGCCGUGGGUCGGGCCUCGGCUCAAGCUCUACCUCGGGCUGGAGGACAACGAGGUGUGUCUCCGCCCUGACGAGUCGGAGCUUUACUCGGCCUUCACGGAUCUCUUCAAGGAGUUCGACGAGUGCGUGCAGCUCUACCGCGGGACGUGGGACGAGCCGCGGCCGCCGAAGGUCCCGAAGUGGAGGCAGCGAGCCGCGACGAUGGGUCCUCCGGGAGAGGAGGACGUGGCCCCUCCGCUCAGGCCGCUGGAGCCGCGGCGCGAGACGCUGGUCGUCACGCUGUCGGAGCCGCAGUGGGACAGCUUUCGGUCUUGCCUCAGCGCCAACAUCAGGAGGCGAUUCGAGAAGGCCGGCGAGUUCCUCACGCAGAUCGCCACGGAAUGGGCGCCGGUGCUGCAAGGAAGCGUGAGGCAAGAGGUGGACGCCUUUCUGCAGCAGGAUGCGCAGCUGGAAGAGUACGCGGGUCAGGUGCACCACUAUUCCUCCUAUGUGGAACAGGCCAGCCACGUACCCACGUCAGCCAUGCUCUAUGUCUUCAGACUGGAGUACAAGUUCCUCCGACAGAGCCUGUUGUCCGUGACCUCGACCUUCGUGUCUGUUCUCAAGGACAAGCUCAUCGCCGACCAUCGCGAGACGACCCAAAGCCUGAAUCAGCAGUUCGAAACCAUUCACAAACGGAUCCAGGUGACUCCCACGUCGACGGACGAACUGUUCAAGCUGAUGGAAUACGUGGAGGAAGUGAGAAGGAUCACCAUCCAUCGCCUGAUUGAGGAGGUGCAGGAGAUGGUGGCCAGGCUCAAGGUCAUUUUGGAUGUGGUGCAUUUGACUCCAAACGACUUAAACACCACCGCCGCUGUUAUCACGUGGCCCACCAAACUCAAGCCUGUUGUUGAUCACGCUGUGGAGUCCCUGGAGGAUCUGAAACAAGAGUUCGAAGAGACGCUGGUGGAGCGAGCAGGAGAAGUGUCGCACACCCUCGAAAGGAUCCAGCAAUUUGUCACCGAACUGGAGGAACUGUCUGACGUCGCCCAUGUCAACAAAUACAUCCGGGAGGUGAGGAAACUCGAAGGACGCCUGGAGAAGGUGAGCACCCUGGUGUCGUGGGUCAACCAGGAGGAAGGUCUCUUCAAAUUCCAGCUCUCCUCCUUCCCUCUCCUAUCUGAGCUCAAGGAGUGCCUCGUGCCCUACGACGAGCUCUUCACGCUGGUCAUGAAGUGGCGGAAGUACGAGAAGCACUGGAUGGACGGCGACUUCACCAGCCUCGACCCGGAGUUCAUCGACGUCGAGACCGAGGAGCUAGCGAGGGAGCUGUUCCGCCUCCGCAAAGCCUUCAAGAUGAAGUUCAAGCAGCAGGCGCUGGAGGGCGACCCGAGGAAAGCCCGCAUGAACCUCGACGACCCGAAUCCGGAUAACUUGCCUGGGCCGCUGAGGGUGUGCGCCCUCGCCCUCAACCAGAUCAAGGGUUUCAAGGAGCACCUGCCUCUCGUCUCCGUACUGUGCAACAAGGGGCUGAGGGCCAGGCACUGGGAGAACCUCAACAAGGCGGCGGGAUUCGACAUUACGCCCAAUGCUGGCACCAGCCUGCGGAAGGUGGUGCAGAUGGACCUCGGAGGGCUGCUGAAGGAGUUCGAGGUGGUGAGCAGCGGCGCCUCGAGGGAAUACAACCUGGAGUUAUCGCUGGCCAACAUGAAGGGCGCCUGGGAGUCCGCGCGGCUGUCCUUCGCCCAGAAUCCGGAUGUCGGCGUCCAGGUCCUCGACGGGUUGGAGGAGGUGAGGGAGCUGGCGGAGGAGCAUCUCAUCACGACGCACACCAUCAAGAAUUCGCCCUUCGUCGGCCCGUUUGUCGGAGUAUAUGUAGGUGUAGUUUUGUAUGUGCAUGUGCGCAAAAAUGAACAUAUGCGUAGGGGCCAUAGUGGGAACAUGGAAUAG